AUUGCCUUAUAGGUCUUUCCUGUUGCACGAGGACACCACCAGCCUCUGUGCUCGCUGUCUUGUUUACAUUUUACUUGACAAUUGAACUUUUUAACGUGAUUUUCACUAUGGCUUCGGUAACAAAUGACGCAAUGGAUGCUGGCGUGGUGGAAAAGCAGGACGACAGUGACAGUUUUACAGAAGUCAAGUCUAAAAAGAGCCAAAAGAGGAAACUCGAGGCACCUGAUAUGGACACAGAGGGCCCUGUCGCAAGCAAGAGGCCACAGUUUCCACCAAUUUCGCUCGACAAAUUAAGGGGUGAUGACCAGAUGCGUAAAGUGGCCGUCCCGGCUCACCGUUACACGCCGCUGAAGGAGAACUGGCUGAAGAUCUUCACUCCUAUCGUAGAGAACCUACAGCUUCAAGUCCGAUUCAACCUCAAAUCGCGAAAUGUGGAGAUUAAAACUUGCAAAGAGACCCAAGACAUCGCCUCACUCACCAAAGCAGCUGAUUUCGUGAAAGCCUUCAUUCUGGGCUUCCAGGUUGAAGAUGCAUUGGCCCUAAUCAGACUGGACGAGCUCUUUCUCGAAUCCUUUGAUGUCACAGACGUGAAGCCACUGAAGGGUGACCACUUGUCUCGAGCCAUCGGCAGGAUCGCAGGCAAAGGAGGAAAAACCAAAUUUACCAUCGAAAACGUCACCAAGACUCGCAUCGUGUUGGCCGACACCAAAGUGCACAGUAGCAGCUCACAAGAACAUGAACAUUAAACAAUUUCAUCAUCUGUGUACAUAAUUUACCACUAGGCAAUGAGAGCCGCAGUGUAAACGGUAACUGUACACAAAUAAUAAACGGUGGCUGCCUGAGUAUAAAACCUGUACAAAUACAGUACUUGAUACACAGACGUCAUUGAGUCAAAGUAGUAUGAAUAGUCAUCAGCAACUGUACGAGGCAAUAUCCAAAAGUCGUUCAUAGUUUGGAGUCUUCACGACACCAUUUAGCCACUUGUUCAAUCUGUACCCCUUGAGUUCAUUUCAUCAUGCGCGGACAUCGCUCUGGGGUCUUUUUUUUUUAAUACUUCCAAACUAUGGAAAGCAUGUCACUCCGCCGAGAGUCUGACAUAUUUGAGAAAUAAUGAAGAAGUGAUGUGUAUUUUUUGGCCACGUGCCCCCAACCCCCACCAAGGCGCAACCCAAACACAUGAGCACACAAGACGAAAAUAGAGUCCCGCCCAGCAAAUUGACAAAGUGGACAAGUGUCCCCAUCCGGGCAGCGCUUCCUGUCAACUCCUCAUAGAUCCGCAGAUAAAACUUGAUUGAUCUCAUCUGCCAUUUCCACGUGAAAUCUACUGUAAAUCUAUUAUAAGCUUAGCGCUAAUGAUCUCCGGUCUUCCGCCCUCCUUCCUGUUGCCGUUCCCCGAGGAUGCGACUUGUUUAGCUGCUCCAGAGUUCAUAAGAAAAUGGUGGGGGGAGCAUAUUGAACUAUUUGCUUAGGAACUCAUCAGACUGGUUUCGCCGCUAGUCCUUCACUUGUGUACAACUUGUAAAAAAAAUCCUUGGACAGAAAGUCCACAUCUUGGGGACACCAAAAAGAA